AUGGUGCAUCAGGAGAAAUGUGUUUACCAGGCCCAGAGGAUCGAGAGGGAGUCCAUUAGACAGAAACUGGCCCUCGGUAGUUUCUAUGACGACGGGCCUGUUUUCUUCGCCGGCAACAGCUGCCCUUCCCCACGGGUUCCGAAUGGUGUGAACCUGCAGGUGUGCUUCGUGAAUGACAGCAGUAGCGAUAAGGACAGUGAUGCUGAGGACAGCAGGACAGAGACAAGCCUUGACACGCCCUUGUCUCCUGUGAGUAAACAGAGCUCGUCUCUGUCAGACCGGGACACUUGCGAAGAAGAGGAGGAGGACGGGGAGUUUUGGCGGCUGCAGCGGCGGCUUGAGGAGGAAGCACGCGGGGCUCUGGCUCUCGCUCGGCCCAUGGCACGCAUGCAGGUGGAGGUGGAGAGACAUGUGCAGCUACAUCGCAGGUCUCCGGUUGCUGAUCUGCUGCCGCACAUGCCACACAUCAGCGAGAGUCUGAUGAAGAGGAGUCUGAGGCCAGUGGACCUGAGAGAUAUGAGUCUGGGUCAGUUACAGGUCAUCACCAAUGACCUUCAUUCACAGAUACAAGGUCUAAACGAGGAGCUUGUGCAGCUGCUGGUCCUGAGAGACGAGCUUCACAUGGAGCAGGACGCCAUGCUGGUGGACAUAGAAGACCUGACCAGGCAUGCCCAUAGUCACCAGAGACACACGUCUAAAAGGAAAGGUGCCUGCUCUCUGUGACCCUCUGGAGCAGUUCAAAUUUGUUCAACGACGAGCCGUUCGUGUUGUGAUAGCGCUCGCAACUCAGCUUAACUAGACGCCUGUGUCUC